UCUAAAAGAGAGAGAGAGAGAGAGAGAGAGAGGAGCUAACAUUAGGUUCCUUCCCCUCCCCCAACCUAAAUCGAGUAGAAUGGAUGGCGGCCAGCGUUUCUCUCCGCUGCAAUCAGUCGAAGAAAAGAAAAGAUGACAAAAUUAGCAGAACGAACUUGUAAGAAAUAGUCGCAUUCCUUCAGCUUCUUUCAAUCUUAGCUCCUCGCAUUUGUUCCACCAUUGCCAUUUGGCCCGAAGUGGACCGACGCAUUCGAUCGAUCCACAGGGGCCACACUCACAUCAUGCACCUCAUCAUCUCAAUUACCAAUCACUGUUAGGAUUCAUAGUUGGAUCGUGUUCUUCCUCGGAGAUACCGUGUUCUGAUCCCCAGCUUUCAUUGGGCGAAACCAAGGAAGAGCCUCGAUGGGUUGCUUCUGCUGUUUCAAGCCACCCAAAGCGAAAGAGGAACCUUCCUAUGAGAAGGGAAGAGAAGGGAAGAACACAAACGCACUCGUCUAUCUUGCUAAGAACCUUUCCAUUGGAUCAGGUACUUACAAGCGCAGAUUUGUAGCCGAAGAGAUUCUACGGAUAGGCAAUGGGAACUGCCACGCUCGCGUCUUCACGUUUGCUGAGCUCGCGGCGGCGACCAACGGCUUCAAAGCAGAAUGCCUUCUGGGCGAGGGUGGAUUCGGCAGAGUUUACAGAGGACAUCUCAGAGACACCAACCAAGAUAUAGCAGUGAAGCAGCUGGAACGGAGCGGUGUUCAGGGAAGCAGGGAGUUCCUCGUGGAAGUGCUGAUGCUGAGCCUGCUUCAUCACCCAAACCUCGUCAACUUGAUCGGCUACUGCGCAGACGGAAACCAGAGGCUCUUAGUCUACGAGUAUAUGCCGCUGGGAUCGUUGGAGGAUCAUCUUCUCGAUCUGUGCCCGGGACAGCGGCCGCUGGACUGGAGCACGAGGAUGAGGAUAGCCGAAGGUGCCGCCAAAGGGCUGGAGUACCUGCACGACACCGCGAAGCCGCCGGUGAUCUACCGAGACUUCAAGGCAUCGAACAUCCUGCUGGACCGGGAGUACAAACCGAGGCUGUCGGACUUCGGGUUGGCCAAGGUUGGGCCGGUGGGCGACAAGAGUCAUGUGUCGACGAGGGUGAUGGGGACGUACGGCUACUGCGCUCCCGAGUACGCGUUGACGGGACAACUGACGAAGAUGUCCGAUGUGUACAGCUUCGGCGUCGUGUUCUUGGAGAUCAUCACGGGGAGGAGGGCGAUCGACAUGUCGAGACACUCCAGCGAGCAGCAUCUCGUGCAGUGGGCAGAACCACUGUUGAAGGACAAGACGAAGUUUGCGGAGAUGGCGGACCCAUUACUGGAAGGGAAGUACCCGACGAAGGGCCUCUACCAAGCUCUUGCGGUGGCGGCGAUGUGCCUGCAGGAGGAAGCGAGCAGCCGCCCCUUGAUCAGCGACGUGGUGACCGCUCUCGAGUACCUCGCUGCUUCACCCAGCGAUCCUCCUCCGAGGAACUCGCCCUCUCGAGAUGGGAACGGUUCCGAUGGCGGAGAAGAAGGUAAGCGGAGGCUGCCAUCGAGUCAUGGCGAUCAGGAGACUCGUGCUUCGUUGAGGAACAGGGAAGAGAACAUGGGGCGCAUAUAGCGUGAGGCAUGUGUGUGUGUGCGUGUUGUGUGAUUGUAGGAGAGUUGUCUAGAUGUGCUUGUAGGAGAUCUCCAUCUCUUGGUUACUUUAUAAUGAGAAGCUCUA